AUGAAUUAUGAGGCAGAAAGAGCUAUGAAUCAAAAGCGGUUGAGGAUGGAGGGUGAACCGGGGCACGGUGUUGUCCAGGGAAAUGGUUUACCGCUUAAUUAUAUAGACAAUGGUCAUCAGAUACCUUACCAGCCGUAUGCGGGUGCAUAUAAUACACAUUAUCCGCCACCUGACGCUUUUGCAGCAUAUGGACCUCCUCCACCCGGAGGUUAUGCCCCACAAAAUCUGUCGUAUGCACCACCUGCACAUCAAAACUAUGCUCAUCACCAGAGUUUCCCGCCACAGCAACCUCCACAGCCUCAAUUACAUAUGCCACAAUCACAUAUGGUACAAGGGUAUGGAGCAGAUGUGAUUCACAAAUCAACAUGGGCACCGCAACCACAACUUCUAGCACCUUUGGAUGCACAGAAGCCACUGGAUGUUAAACAUCUAAAGCCGGAGAUCAAACUUGAACCUGCAGAUGCACAAAAACGGGUACAUCAAGAUGCUGAGAUAAUGGGUGGUGACUUAGAUCAACCAAAAAUAAAAAUAAAAACGGAUAUAUUCAAGCCUGACGAUUUAGCUCACAGACCCGAUAUUGAGAAGCCGCAUGAUAUUUCGCAAAAACCACUUGAUGUGAUACAGAAACCGCCAGAAUUACUAAAUAAGGAUGAAACUCAACCUACACUAGUUUCUGAGAGCAUACCUGGGAAUAAACCAAUUGAAGCAGCGCAAUUGGAUGCAACGGAAAAGGUCGCAGGUGACAUAUCACGACCGGUGGAUAUUGGAGCCAAACCAAUCGACAAAAGUGAAGAGGAAAAGAAACUGUUCAGCAGUCCCGAAGCGCCGAAACCUGGAGCGACACCUGGGAAAAUACUCACUCCUGGUCUAGAGCCGAAGAAACGCGGGCGUCCUAAGGGGUCGACCAACAAGCCGAAGCCUCCGGGCACGCCCACGCGCGGCGUUGCCCCGGCGCCAGGCGCCACGCCCCUGCGCGGCGCGGCGCCCGCACCGCGCGCCCCCGCCGCCGCCGCGCCGCGCCCCCGUCCCCCGCACUACCAGUACGCCGUGCGCCCCACCAGGAAGGACUUCUCCGGGAUACAGUUUAAGAGGCGAUGGAGCGACGACUGUUUGGACUCGUCUCACAUUCCGAACGAGGUGUACUUCGGCGAUGUUCCGGUGCCUUUAGAAGUGUUGUACAACUACUACGACGCGAACGCCGAACGCGAACGCUUGGCGGCCCACGCCGCUCAGAUCGCCGCGCAGAAAGCCGCCGCCGCUAAAUUGGCCGCCGCCAAGUUGCAGUCACGUGGGAUUGUCUCCAGUGAGGUGACAACGGUGGAUUCAUCAUCAUCAGACGACUCGUCAGGCUCAUCAGGGAGCGGGUCAGAAGAGAGUGAUGACGAUCAACCACUUAAACGUGGUCCGGGACGACCGAAGGGCUCAAAGAACUCGACUCCACGAACACCGGGUACACCGGGAACGCCAGGGCGACGGGGUCGACCUCCAGUCCCUCCAGAGUUGCGGCAGCCUGGAAUAACUGACAUGAAGAAAUUCUGUAAGGCCGCCGGCAUACGAUUUGAUUACAAGAAACUGGUUGAAGGUUGCACAAAAAACAAGGAGCGGGUCGCAAAAAUGCUUGAGCUUUUGGUCGCGGCGGGCUUGGAAGGCAAGCCUACAUUAGAGAAGUGUAAAGAGUUGAAGCAAGCAAAGUUAGACAAGAAGGAGCAAGAGAAACUAGCCAAGAAGGAAGCUAAAGUUAAGCAUAAAGAGGAAAACGACACAUCGAGCGUGUCGCGGCGUAUGACGCGAGGUGCGACGGGCGUGAAGCCGCGCCAGCGCAUCGUGAUCUCGUCGGACGAGGAGGACGACACGCCGGCCGCGCGCCGCACGCUCUCCAAGCUGCGCUCCAGCGUCAACGACGACUCCGACUAG